AUGUUUGCUUGUUUAUGGAGCCACGACGACGCAUCCCAAGCUUGCUUCAACUGGUUUCCCUGCAGCAAACGCUUUGCCGCAAUGGUCAAAGUUCUCCUCGUUCUCUACGACGGCGGCCAGCAUGCCAAGGACGUGCCCGAGCUGCUCGGCACGACGGAGAACGAGCUCGGGCUGCGCAAAUGGCUCCAGGACCAGGGCCACACCCUCGUCACCACCUCGGACAAGGAGGGCGCGGAUUCCAAGUUUGACCAAGAACUCGUCGAUGCCGAAAUCAUCAUCACCACCCCCUUCCACCCCGGCUACCUGACGGCCGAGCGCCUGGCCAAAGCCCGCAAGCUCAAGCUGGCCGUCACCGCCGGCAUCGGCUCCGACCACGUCGACCUCGACGCGGCCAACAAGACCAACGGCGGCGUCACCGUCGCCGAGGUCACCGGCAGCAACGUCGUGUCGGUGGCCGAGCACGUCGUCAUGACCAUCCUCGUGCUGGUGCGCAACUUUGUCCCCGCGCACGAGCAGGUUGAGCGCGGCGACUGGGACGUCGCCGCCGUCGCCAAGCAGGAGUACGACCUGGAGAACAAGGUGGUCGGCACCGUCGCCGUCGGCCGCAUCGGCGAGCGCGUCCUGCGCCGCCUCAAGGCCUUUGACUGCAAGGAGCUGCUGUACUACGACUACCAGCCGCUCAGCCCGGAAAAGGAGCGCGAGAUCGGCUGCAGGCGCGUCGACAACCUCGAAGACAUGCUCGAGGCCUGCGACGUCGUCACCAUCAACUGCCCGCUGCACGAGCAGACCAAGGGCCUGUUCAACAAGGACCUCAUUGCCAAGAUGAAGAAAGGCUCGUAUCUCGUCAACACCGCUCGCGGCGCCAUUGUCGUCAAGGAAGACGUCGCCGCGGCGCUCGAGUCUGGCCAUCUGGCCGGCUACGGCGGCGACGUCUGGUUCCCCCAGCCCGCCGAGCGCAAUCACCCCCUGCGCACGGCCAAGAAUCCGUUUGGCGGCGGCAACGCCAUGGUCCCCCACAUGUCCGGGACGUCCCUGGACGCCCAGAAGCGCUACGCCGACGGCGUCAAGUCGAUCCUGGCCAGCUACCUCUCCGGCAAGCACGACUACCGUCCCGAGGACCUCAUCGUCCACCAGGGCGACUAUGCCACCAAGGCGUACGGCAAGCGAGGUUGA